AUGUCUAGUUUUCCCGAUAGAUUCAACCGUGUCGACACCAACAUGCCGAAAUUGUCUACGCCCGUCCUGACGGUGGAUGCGGCCAAAAUCCACAAGGUCGACACGGCCAAUACUCAAAGUCUUCACGGCAUGUGGCUCGUCUUCUCGAAAUGUGCAGAUUACAUGGAAGAGGGACGACGUUUAGAAAAUCUUACCUGGCGUUUGUGGACGCGUGAGACAUUUUGUGUCGCUCCCGCCAGUGAAUCCGACACCUCUGCAAUCCCGCUCCUGCGUGCCGAAUCCUCGGAGAUGCCACCCUUGUCAGCAAGUGUCGAGUCUGCCGCGUCUGUAGACGAAGACCGCAUUGAAUCGCACAUUAAGCCUGGCCCAGUUGAGGUGAAGCCUGCUGUGCUUAACGACGAGGCUUUAAUGCUCGGAAAGGAAAAGCAUAUUACUUCUCUUGAUCUAGAGCGAAUGGUUUUGAACAUCAAAGAGAGAAAGGCUUUAGAACCUCUUCCAACCAGUCCGACCGUGGUCGAUGUCACUCCUCGCGCUGCCUCUCCUCCUGCAUCCACUCCUCAGGAACCCGUCGAAGCGGUAAUUGAAGAGCCCAUGCGCCGCCCACACACUCUUCAUUCCGCCGAGUCCUGUUCCACAACGACUGCGCCUGAGAACAAUGAUAGUGAUGGUGUAACCACCGCAGGGUCCGACACUAGUGUCUCUUCAUCGGGCGUUAUUCCUGCCAGGCCUAUUUUGACCAAGACGCCCAGUAUUGUCCGCGGGUUUUCACCUUCCCAGAUUUCAUCGUCUUACCGUUCAAGUACGCGUCUUGCUGGCGCAGAGAAGAAUUCCGCAGCUAAAGUGCCGUUACAGCAGAAACUCGCGCCCAGCAAGCGUAAAGGCGGAAUGUUCACCUUGGGAGGAUCUUCUGGCGAUGACGAGAGCUCGUUUGAGGAACGAAUGACCCCUAACCAUACCAUCAAUCCCCAUCGCAGUUCACUAUCCGAGGAACUUAGUCGCCAACCUACUGAGACUACUAAUGGCGUCUCUCCCGACAAGAAGGUUACUUCAUUCCGCGACGAGGCCGAGUCUCGUACAAUCAAGCCUAUUGAGGAGCGUAUCUACGAAGACGAGGAUGCGAUCGAGACAGACGAUACCGAGGAGGAGCCAUCCGAAAGUGCCAUCGAAGACGAAGAUGACGAAGAUUGGGAAGACUCGGUGACGGAAAGCGGACAGUCGAGUGUGGACGACAAGGAAUUGUUCCAGCGGGUUGAUUCGCGGCCGAACUUGGUCUCGAGACCGUCUCUGUUGACUAUGAUGAUGCACCAACCAACGAAAAUGGGCAUGCCUACUAGAUCUUCCCCGGCAUUGCAACGAUCAGUACGAGUCACGCCACCUAAUGGACCUUCGACGGGCGCGUCGCCAGAUGACGGCGACAAUUUGACUAUGAAGGGUCGCGAUGUACCACGAUCGAAGCCGAUUAUUGUGAAAUCUACUGCACAGGGGUCUGGAGCGCACUCACCGCGCACGACGCGACGCAAUAUGUUGGCAACCGAAUUAACCGAGUCUCUUCGUCGACAUUUAUUGUGGGAACGGCAACAAAAGAAUACGACGGCCACAGCAGUCUUCAAGCGUCGCCAUACAACCCACGACAUGGCCAACCUCAAAGAAUACCCCGGUCCGAAGGGACAACCGGCUGGCGACCGUACAGCCGACGGCAGUGCAAAAGAUACUUCUAAGAACAGCUCAUGGAACAACUACAACGAUUACGGACCAUGGGAAUACCAUGUCAAGGGAUGGUAGACCCUUCACCAUUCACCAGUCAAUAACGUCCAGGAAUGUACGAGAUUUAUUACAGCAUUAAACGGCGUUGCUUUUUUUUUUUCUUUUUUUUUUUCCCUUUGCUUUCUUCUAUCUCAACAUCCACUUUCCCAUGCAUUGCGAGGGUUGGCUGUUUGCAUUAUUUUAUCACGAUUAAAAGACCUCAUGGCCCUGUAUUUUUUUUAUUCCCUCCUGCCUGUUUCAUUUCAGAUCAAAAAGAAAAACCAAGCCUCGUUUAUUCGUUAUGAUUAGACACUGUUUCUCAUGGGUAUGACACCAUGUUUUGGGACCGACCGACCGAAUUAAUUGUUAUGAUGGCAUGACAUUCCAUUGAUCAUGAUGAGGAAACCUGAUUGUUUUUACACCAUUUUUUGUCUAUGGAUUCGGGCUUUUUUUUCUGGGGGACUUUUGAUUACGCGAAUUGUUUUGAUACCACUUGAGUAUUUGUUUGUUUCAUACACUUUUAUGGAGUUGAUUUGUUGGAGAGAAUAAAAGUGAUUAUUAAAUAUCUAUUGUCUAUUGAUUG